AUGCCUGUGAAGCGCAAACUUGACACAUUCGAUCCCAACAAAUCUGAUUCGAAUGAUACCGAUUUCGAUCCGACUUCAAGCGCGCCGCGCAAGCCCUCGAGAAAAUCGCGUACAAAGAGACCUUCUGGCGCCCCAAGAAAAAAGACCAAAUACCGCGGCAGUGACAUCUCAGACGACGACGUUGACGACAGCCUGGACGAUCUUUCAAUCUCCGAACCCGAACAAGAGUCCGAAGACAUCGAGAUGAACCAACAUACAGGCCGGGCUGUGCGAAAAGCGGCAAAGAAGAGCGUCAAUUACGAAGAGAAUAGCGAGAGUGAUGCCGAUAUUGCGGGUGACAUAGAGGACUCCGAGGACGAUCAACCGAAGAAACGAAAGCAGAGCAAGCGAUGGCGCGCUACUCCCGAUGAUUUGGAAGAUGACGAAGAGGAGGACGUGCAAACUGGUGGAGGGCGACCAAAACGGAGCAAGAUCGUGAAGCUCAAGAUCAACACACCCCAUACGACUCGAGCAACUCGAGCUGGCAGCGCAGCCCGCUCUCUUCGUCGAAGAGGAAGUACGGCAGAACCUGCAUCUGCUGGUAUUGGAAGACGCUCAACAAGGGCUACAUCAGAAGCUAUUGGUGAAGAACCAAUCGCGCUGUCAGAAAGUGGACACCAUGUCCUGCGACCUGGUCACUCUCCAGAACCGAUCGGUGGGCGCAAAAGCCGUGGCUCCAAGGGGUUGAAAGCACCUGCUGCCUCUACAAUAAAGGAAGAAUUACACGAGUCUGGCUCCCAUGAACAAGAUGAACAAGAUGAAGAUACUGGAGACGUGACAAUGGCGACGGAAAUUGCGGGCACGGAUGAUCAAGACGAGCCCGAGGCAGAUGCUGAGGCAGAGGUUGAACAGCCAGAUGCUCCUGGCGAGGUAGAGGAUGUUGCCGAUGAGGGCGGAGCUCAAGUCGUAGCUGGUGAUGAAGACGAGGAUGAUGAUAUCCCUAUCACCGGGCGACGUACCAGAGGAUCAAGGGCAGGUCUUAUUGUUUCCGAUCUGCCUCCUGAGGAUGUGGAAGACCCAGCGGCAGCACAAGCAGCUGGUGGAUCUCGUCGACUGACCCGGGGCUCAAAAUCCAAGCAACAAAAGAGUGGUGCAGAUGCGAGCAGUGAUUUCGAGCCACCUGAAGAACCGUCUGAAGACGAACUUUCAGCCUCCGAUGCUGAAGCGAGAAAGAAGGCGAAGGAGGACGAAUACGAGUCCAGUCCUGCACGGAGAGGCAGACGCGGCGCUCCAAAAUCGAAGAGCACCUCUAGGAGAGGUGCAAGUCAUGGAUCUGAUGCAGAUGAGCUUGAUGAGGAAGAACUUGCAGAGGAACUACAAGAUUUGAAGGCUGGCAGUCGCAGACGUAGGGCCCGGCCGCGCGAGACUUCACAAAUUGCAUACGAGCGACCAGGCCGCCAACGAAAGACGGUAGAUUACAGCAUCAAGCCUAUGGAUCAGAUCUAUGCCAUGGAUGAAGCAGAGGAAGCAGCUUCCACCCCUUCGCGAACAAAGGGUGGUCGUAGUGGUGCCAACCACACUUGGCAACGAACUCUAUUUUCCACCUUUGGACCUUUUGGUGGAGCCGGUGGUCCUGCUCCUCCAAUUGGCGGCCCAUGGGGAACUGGCGCAACAGGUGGUGUUGAUUCCGACAGCAGUGACGAAGAGACAAUGCAGCGACCAACAGCUGUUGGAGGCAAUGUAGGAAUGACCCCAACAACUGCAAUGCCGCCUGCUGGCUUACUCCCAGGAAUCGGUCAGACAAACCCGGCAGAGCCUAUGGGAGGAAUGGCUGGAACUCCCGCCAAUCUUGGGAAAGUUAAGAGCCAAAAAGCGUUAGCUGAUGCGGAUCCUCUUGGUGUUGACCAGAAUGUCGAUUUUAGCAAGAUUGGUGGCCUGGAAGGUCACAUUGAUCAGCUCAAGGAGAUGGUUCAGAUGCCUCUUCUUUACCCAGAGCUGUUUUUGAAAUUCCAUGUUACUCCACCUCGUGGUGUGUUAUUCCAUGGUCCCCCCGGUACUGGUAAAACUCUCUUGGCAAGAGCUCUUGCUGCCAGCGUUGGCUCUGGAGGUCGGAAAAUCACUUUCUACAUGCGCAAGGGUGCUGAUGCUCUGAGCAAAUGGGUGGGUGAGGCCGAAAGGCAACUCCGACUUCUGUUUGAGGAAGCGAGAAAGACGCAGCCAAGUAUUAUUUUCUUUGAUGAAAUUGAUGGUCUUGCACCCGUCAGAUCGAGCAAGCAGGAACAAAUCCACGCAUCUAUCGUCUCGACGCUGCUUGCUUUGAUGGAUGGUAUGGACGGGAGAGGACAAGUCAUUGUUAUUGGUGCUACCAAUAGACCUGACAACAUCGACCCUGCUCUGCGACGACCCGGACGUUUUGACCGAGAAUUUUAUUUCCCUCUUCCAGAUAUAGAUGGACGCAAAUCCAUCUUGAACAUUCACACGAAAGACUGGGGACUCAAUGAAGCUUUCAAGGAUUCUCUGGCUCACGUUACUAAAGGCUACGGAGGGGCCGAUCUUCGUGCUCUCUGUACUGAAGCUGCCUUGAAUUCUAUUCAGCGCACAUACCCUCAAAUUUACUCUUCAAACGAGAAGCUCAUUGUUGACGCCGACAAGAUCAAAGUCACUGCUAAGGAUUUCAUGCUAUCUGUUAAGAAGAUGAUUCCUUCCUCUGAAAGAGCAACUUCCUCAGGAGCAGCGGCUCUUCCGAAAUUAGUCGAGCCUCUCCUACGCGACCAACUCAAACAGGUAGAAUCGAUCCUAGAUGGACUGGUGCCACUUAGGAAGAAGACGACUGCGUUGCAAGAGGCUAUGUAUGAGCAAUAUGCGGAUGCAGAUCAAGGAUUUGCACGGGAGACAAUGCAACAGGAGUUUGAAAAUUCUCGUGUGUUCCGUCCACGACUGCUCAUUGGUGGUGAAGCUGGUAUGGGACAAGCAUAUCUCGGAGGUGCUAUCUUGAAUCACUUUGAAGGCCUUCAUGUGCAGAGUUUCGAUCUCCCUACAAUUUUCAGCGACUCAGCGAGGUCCCCUGAAGCUGCAAUCGUGCAAUUAUUUGCUGAGGUGAAACGACACAAGCCGAGUGUGAUUUAUAUACCUGGUAUUGAUACCUGGUAUCAUACUCUGACCGAUGCUCAAAUUACCACGUUUCUUGGUCUGCUUAGGGCUAUCCCUCCUACCGAUCCGGUGCUUGUGCUUGGUAUUACUGAUUCUCCGCCUAACCAAGUCGAUCCGCAUAUGCUUCGAGAUCUGUUUGGAUUCAGCAAGAAAAAUCGCUUCACUAUUGAUCGUCCAGCUAAGCGACAUCGUGAGGAAUUCUUCUCUACCAUCAUUCAGUAUGUCCAGAAAACGCCAAAGGAAUAUCCAGAACCCUUGAAUCGUAAGAAGCGGAAGCUUGAAGUGCUAGAAAUUGCGCCACCGCCCCCUCCUAAGCCACCUACCAAAGAAGAGAUCAAAGCCCAGAAGACAAGAGACCAUAUGACACUUAAUUUCCUGAAAGUUCAAAUACAACCCGUCAUGGAUCAGAUUCAGAAGAAGUACAGAAAAUUCAGGCAAGCUCCUAUUCAGCAACCGGUAAUUCAGUAUCUCAUCGAUGAGUCUAAUCCCGACUUUGUGCGCCCCGACAUCGCACAAUUUCGGCCGUUUGAAUUUGAUACGGACAAGGACGGUGUCAAAGGGUUACGUGAGACUAGUACUGGCAAGUUUUAUUACAAUUUGGAUACCACAACCAUCGAGGAGCGACUUUCAAAUGGCUUUUACGCCCGGCCGAAGGAUUUCCUUGCUGAUAUCAGAUCUCUGGCCAAAGAUUCUAGGCACGUUGGCGACAGGGACCGAAUUCUCAAAGCUAACGAGCUUGUUGCCAACGUUGAGGUUGAUAUUCUUGGUAUCGAGGCGCAACCAGUCUUUGCCGAUUGUGAGGCUUUGUAUCAACGACAGCUGCAGAGAGUGAAAGAUAAGGAAGAGAGGCACAGAAAGAGGAAGGCCGCGGAAGCCGACCUCGGAAAUACUGUCGAGUCUGAUCUUCCUGCCGAUGGUUUGAUUCCUGCCUCUCAAUCAGGGCCACUCACAUUGGGUGAACCUGUACCUGGUAGACGACCACCCUUGGGAAUUUCUAUCAACAUCCCAAGCGCCUUGUCCAACGGUCACUCUGCAACCAAUGGGACUUAUGUACCUUCUCGAAGCGACAACGACGUUCAGAUGGGUGGAACUGACGAACACACUCAACAGACGAAUGAGAAUACACAGGCCAUGCACCCCCCCAGUGCAAUUCGUAGCAUGACAAGUGCACCAUUCAACCAAACGCCAGUUUCCCAGAUUUCUCAGCGCUCGGCUCUCCAGGAGAUCCCACCGGGUACUUCACCAAGUGCCUUGAUCAACGAUGCAUCUACGACAACUUCCGGUAAGAAGACAUCAGAUGGAUGGAGCACCCAAGCCACCAAUGGUGUCGGUCACGGGCAAGCCUCAAGCGGUGAAGACAAAGCUAGUGCGGACUCCCAGCAACUGCCAGAUACACAACAGGGCACAUCCGCGCGCCAAAGCCAGCAGGGUACUUCCAACCCGAGCAGCGAUGAGCAAUGGCCACAUUCCCAAGCUCACGGCCUUGUCCGCGGCACUAUCCAAGCGUACCAUUCUCAGACCCCAAGCUCGUCCUCCCAACCUUCCCAAAAUCCUGCCAUACCUUCCUUCAACCCUCCUGUUCCUCGGGAUUCACCAUCAAAAUCCAAGCCCGCAGGCAGCAUAGCGAACAUCCUCAACGACUCACCUGUCGAGCCGACAUCCUCCCAGCUCUCGUCUCAGAAAGACGCCAUUCUCGACCAAUACUUUCUCGAGGACUUGUUGCGUCGACUCGUUGACGGAAGUAGUGGCUGUAGCAUUGAGCAACUGGAGCAGUUGAAUCGCGAAUUAAUGGAGACGUUGUGGGCGCAGCGAGGGGAGUGGAAUCGGAAUAAGGUUGCUGGUGCGCUGGUGGAUGCGUUUAAUGAGACGAUUAGGGAUAUUGAAGAGAUGCAGAAGGUGUUGCAAGCUAGUCAGCCGAGUCAGUGUGAUGAGGCCGAUGAGGGUGGGGCAGAGAGGUGGGGACAUGGAGCUUUGACGACGGCGAUUUAUGAAGCGAGGGACAAAUAA